AGCCCUUACAAAAGCUACAUUAUUGAAAUAUUAAUUGUUAGGCCUUUCUAUGUGAAGUUGCUUUCACUCUCACUUUCUCUGAGCAAUUAAUAUGAUCUUGAAAGCUGAACUAAGAAAAACCUUUAGAUUCAACUCAUAGAACAGAAACCCUGUUAGUGUACUUUCAUUGUUUGAUGAAUUGCUUCAAUAGAUUUGGGUUGGUCUAAAGAUAGAAUAACCACUCUCUGAAUCCACAUGUUUCAGAGCCCAUUCAAAGAAAAUACUGAAGGUAUGGUAAAGGACUUCUAUAUAAGCUAAAGUGAUUUAGAUGGAUGAGCAGGAAGGCUUUUCUGCAAGUUUGAAGAAAAUGGAUAGUGUUUGGUAAACAUGAAAGUUAUGGUCUCAUGAAUUCUCAAUGGGAAAGAAAAGCAGAAGCUGGUUUAGUUUGGUGAAGAGGCUGUUUGUUUCCGAGCCAAAAUCGAAGGCUGAAAAGAAAUCAAAGAGGUGGAGAUGGGUUUUUGGGGGGCUUAAGCCAAAGCAAUACCCAAAACUUGCAGCACCGCAUAGACUAAUAAGUGAAGCAAGAGAGGAGCAGAGAAAGCAUGCGAUGGCUGUUGCCAUCGCGACAGCAGCUGCAGCAGAGGCUGCAGUUGCAGCAGCCCGUGCUGCAGCUGAGGUUGUCCGGCUCACAGGUGUUCCUCAAUCUUCUCAAGAAUACACGAAGUGGACUCGGAAUUUGGCUGCUACUAAAAUUCAAGCUGCUUACAGGGCUCAUCUUGCAAGAAAAGCACUCAAGGCAUUGAAGGGACUGGUGAGGCUUCAAGCUAUGGUUCGAGGACGGAUAGUGAGACGCCAAGUAAUCACCAACUUGAAGUCUUUGCCACCCACAGAAAAUAAACAAUCACAAUUAGUCCAUGAAGUGAGAGUUCCAACUGUCGAUGGAAGUUGCAGAGAAAAUGAAAAGCAGUUUCUUAGCCUGAAAGAGGAGUUGGAAGAGAAGAAAUUGAAACUUAGAUGCAACAGUCAGAAAAACUGGGAUUACAGCUUGUUUUCAAAGGAGGACAUGGAAGCCUUAUGGUCACGAAAGCAAGAGACCAAUGCGAAAAGAGAGCGAAUGAAGAAAUACUCGUUUUCCCAUCGGGAGAAAAGAAGUGAUCAAAAUUUGGAAACAUUAAAGGAAAAUGGAAGAUGGAGCAACCAUUUAGAACAAAGGGUACUGGAAUCUGAGGCGUAUAAGAGGAGAGAAAUGUUGAAUUGCAAAUCAAUCGCAUGUUCAAAUUUUCUAGCUGGUGAUAUGUAUGGAACUACACGACUUAGAUUGAGAAACAUGCCUAACCAGGAUUCAGUGGAAUUGAAUUCCCCAUUUACACAUCCUAGGAGAUCAUUUUGCCAUGUGAAGCAGAAGUCAAUUGGCGACGAAACUUCUUUACCAAACUCUCCAAUUUUCCCAACUUACAUGGCUGCAACAGAAUCUGCAAAGGCUAAGGCAAGAUCAAUGAGCACACCAAAGCAACGGUUGGGAUUUCUUGACACUUGCUCUGAUUAUAGUAGUUCACCAUACAAACUCAGGCUCUCUUCUUGGUCUUCAUUCAAUGGUGCCAUUCCGGAUAGAAGACGAGGAGCAACUCAGCAGAUAUCUCUAAGCAUGAAUGGUCUUUACUGAGAUUGACUUGCUAAGGCCUCAUUUGGUAAUGCUUCCAUUUUCUGUUUUAACGAUAUCAAGUGACAUCUAAGUUUUGAUUGAUGGGGUGGUUUUUAAAGGUCUUGUACUAAGUGUGUGUAAAGAAAUUUGCAAGAUUUUAGCUUGAUGAUUUCUAACAUGGUAAGGGAAGAUCACAUUGAGCUUAUUUGGUCCCUUCUAAGAUGUGUGGUAUCUAGAGAAUGCUGAUAGACCUUGUAAUAGGAUUGAAGAAGGAAAGCUUGGACGAGUUCUUAAAAGAUGAAUUUGAAAUAUCUUCUAUCUUUUUGUACCCAUUUAA